AUGAGUGACUAUCCAGAUCCUGACGAGGAAUAUGAGCUAAUGUACGCAGAUGAGCUGGAAAUGAUAAACGAAGAAGAACCUCGCUCAGAUGCGAAAGUUGUGAGAAAAAAACCACUACCAGCAAAAAGGAGUCUCGAUUUUUCAAGUCCCUUCACCAACAACACUUUAAAUAGUUUAGAUGUAAACAAUGUUCCUACUCCAUCCACCAUUCCUGUAGAUCCACCUGGCUCUGAAGAAAUUACCCUCACACCUACCAUACCGUUAGAAGAUCUAACUCCUUCAACAAACAAGAGAACUGCGUAUGAACUGUUUGGAGACAUUGAAGAUAUUGAUUUCAAUGAAAUGGAAAUGCCAAGUAAAAAACAAAAGACUGAGGAAGAAGUAGAUUUAGAUUUAAUAGAAAAGAUUUUAGAGGGUAGGAGAUUAAAGCAGAUUCUAGCAGAACCAAGUAGUAGAUUACUUGCUAAUAAAUGUAGUUAUAAUGUUAAAGAUAAUUUAUCAUUGGACAUACCAAGAUGGGCUUUCAUGCCACUUACAAACUCAGAUGGGGACCGUGUAUAUGUAAGGUUUGAAUCGGAAGAAUCAUGGGAGAAAUCGUUAGACUCCACUACUGAACAAACUUCAUUACAUGCUACAUAUGCUAACAUUUGGGUAGAAGCGCGUAAAAUUUUAGAAGCUAAACAACAACAACAAACCGAAGAACACCUAACACAGUCACUUCCAGACAUAGACGCAGACGUAAAUAACAACAUGCUUUGGGUAGACAAGUACCGCCCAACCUCCUAUCUGGAUUUACUUUCUGAAGAACCCGUUAAUAGAGCACUGUUGCAUUGGUUACAUUUAUGGGAUAAGAUAGUUUUCAAAAAAGAAGUGAAGACCAAAGAGCCACAGCAACGUACGACAUUCAGUAAGCGCGCCGGCCAGUUCCAAUUGACGAACAAAUGGAAGGGUAAGCGGGAGACGGAACCAGAGGUGGACGAAGAUGGCAGGCCGCAUUACAAGGUGGCGCUACUGUGCGGACCACCCGGCGUUGGGAAAACUACUCUUGCGCAUCUAUUGGCUAGAAUAGCUGGAUAUAGGCCUGUGGAACUGAACGCAUCAGAUGAACGAAGUACGGAAGCAUUUCGUAACGCUAUACAAAGUGCCACACUUAUGCGGUCGGUGCUAGACGUUGAUCGUAGACCCAACUGUUUGAUAUUGGAUGAAAUUGACGGAGCUCCAUUACCUACAGUGGAGCUUUUGGUUCGAUGGUGCACCGCUACGGCUACUGAGGGCAAAGGAAAGUCGAAGACUAAGACCCAGCCACUGAAAAGACCCAUUAUUGCUAUUUGCAAUGACUUAUAUGCUACAUCGCUGAGACCGCUCAGGGCGGUGUCGCUGGUGGUGCAGGUGGGCGGCGCGUCGGCGGCGCGGCUGGCGGCGCGCCUGGCGCACGUGUGCGCGCGCGAGGGGCUGCGCAUCAACGCGCACGUGGCCUCGGCGCUGGCCGCGCGCGCGCAGGGCGACGUGCGCGCCGCCAUACAGGUGCUCAGCUUCAUCAAGGCCAAGGCCAAACGACCACAGCUCAGCAUGGCUGACGUUGAAAACGCUGCAAUAGGAACGAAGGACUGCCACAAGAGUCUCAUGCAAGCUUUGCAAGCAGUGUUCACUGUCAACGAUAAGGACCCAGGCGCUUUACUGAAAACUAUUAAUGCCGCUGGCGAAUAUGAUAGACUUGCAGACGGUAUAUUCGAGCACUACCUAACGGCGCGAGUGGACGGUCGUUUCCGCAUCGCUUGUGAAACGUUAUCGUGGCUCAUGUUACACGACACGAUCAGCAGCUGGACCUCACGCACUCAGAACUACUCCUUGUACAGCGCUUUGCCCUUGUGUUUGGCGAGUUGUCACUCCGUACUAGCGAGUAGAACUCCGCAAAGGAUUGGGUUCCCUAAACAAGCGAUGGAGAUGCACCGUACUAAGGUUGAACUUGACAGUAUUGUGUCAGCAGUAGAACGCGGCAGUUCCCCAUCAGUAUCCAACAGCCGGUCUGCGCUGCGAUUUGACAUUUUGCCGUUGGCGCCAUACUUACUGACACCGCAGUUACGGUCCGCCAAUGUACAGUUUUGUAGUGAGGUGGAGCGCAAGACUAUCCGCGUGUGCGCUAGUGCCAUGUGUGACUACGCGCUGCAGUACGUCCAGGUCCGCUCCGGGGAAGGGCUGUACACCUACGUCCUCGAGCCUGACGUCAACAAGGUUGCCUUCUUCGGUUCUGAAGAGAAGGUGCGACCCCCACCGGCUAUUCGACAAGCGAUAGCUCGCGAACAACAACUGGAAGUCAUCCGGCGGAAUGAAGAGAUGGCGAACAGAGUUCCCGCUAGAAGCAAGACCGAUGACGUUGCGCAUCCAAGUACUUCAAAGAAAGAUGAUAAACAAGGUGGUACCGGCAAGGCGAAACAGAGGGCGCUACCUAAUCAUUUACAGCAGCUGAAGCCGAAAGAAAUCACUAAGAUCACACCUCAGGUCCACAAAGAUUUCUUCGGAAGGGUUGUGCCUAUUGCACAUGGUCAUCGAUCAGAUGCGGUACCCGACGUGAUCGCUUCAAGCAGUGUGUUCUACCAAUACCAAGAGGGAUUCAACAACGCCGUCAGGAGGAACGUGAGGACCAAAGACCUCCUGUAA